CGAGCAGCCAGUCGAAGGACCGAGUUGCGAUAGUCGAUGGCAUGUUUUCGUUUAACUAACUCUUUGCAAACCGAGCGGGAGUGUGAAACGUAUUGACAGCGAUAUCUCGAGGGAAUUCCGCAUUUAUCGCAAACAGGUUUUAGGCCGUGUGGGAGAGCGCGUUCGGUGUAACGGCAGUGCGAGAGAGAGGGCCGACACACAGAGGAAUAAAGACCAUGGAGUCGAGCGCACAUCGAACACAGGAGAAAACUAUAGACGGAGACAAUGGCUUCGUCUGGCAAGAUUAUUUGGAUGUUACGGAAAGUGUCGAAGUACCACAGAUUAUGUUUCCUCACGUUGAGUUGACAUUGCAAAGUGGUAUUGAAAUCGGCAUGUCUUUAGAAGUACCAACAAAGAAAAAUACAGAAGAUGAUGGAUGCUACUGGGUAGCGUCAAUUGUAAUGGCAUGUGGCCCUUUAUUGCGAUUAAGAUAUUUCGGUGGAGAUGACCGGUCACUUGAAUUUUGGUUUAAUCUCACUAAGGAAUUAGCUCACGAACUCGGGUGGUGCGUAAGGAAUGAUAAAAAAUUAAAACCACCCGAUGUUGUAUUACAACGAUCACCUGAUUGUUUAGAAAGACUGCCAGAAUUUUUAAUGACUGCAAGGUCCAUUCCAUCAGAAAUGUUAGCCGGGGAUGGACUCAGUAUGACCGAUAGAAUCAAGCAUGGAAUGAAAGUCGAAGUCAGUGAUGUAAGGCAUCCAUAUAAAUUAUGGGUUGCUACGAUAAUUGAAAAUGUGGGAGGUCGUUUACUGCUGCGAUAUGAUACUCCAGGAUCGAAGACUCAAGAUUUCUGGAUAUUUUGUACUUCAGAACACUUGUACCAAUAUGGUUUUGCAAAUAAGUCAGAGUCUCAGUGGUUCUUGGAGCCUCCUAGUUCCAUUCUUGAGAUGCACACCUACGAAGAGUGGAAGGAACUGACAGAAUCAUGUCCAAAGAACGAUGAAAUUCCAGAUAAUUUAUUUAAAAAUUGUAUAAAUCAUUCGCCCCAUAAUUUUAAAAUUGGUAUGAAGUUGGAAGCUCUUUCACCCGAUGAUAGAGCAAAGAUAUGUGUGGCGACUGUCAUGAAAGUCUUCGAUGACACAUAUUUUUUGGUACAAAUUGAUGAUUUUAUUAAGAAGGAACAGCUACCAAAUAGCGAAGCUUUCGUUAAUGUUUCCAAAAGAGAUACUUGGCUGUGUACUAGUGAGCAUCCUUAUAUUUUCCCCAUCGGAUGGGCUAAGAAAAAUAAUUUAAAGGUUACAAAUCCAGAUGGUUGGAUAAGUAAGUCGGGCGAAUUCGACUGGGAGGAAUAUUUAAAAGAGACGAAUUCUGUAGCAGCAACCGAAGACUUGUUUCACGAAAGAGAAAGCGCAGUUGAUGCGGGAUUUGAAUGUGGCAUGCGAUUAGAAGCCGUCGAUCCGCAGGAUGAAAGUGUCAUCUGUGCAGCACAUAUUACAAAAAUAAUCGGCAAUUUGUUAUGGUUAAAAUUAGACAAUUACGAGGACACUCGUCCCGAGCACGUAGUCUUUAUGCAUUCUUUAAAAAUCUUUCCAGUAGGCUGGUGCGAGUCUAAUCAUUACCCACUAAAGCCACCCAAAGAUUACGUCGAAAUCUGUAAGAAAUUGGAGGUUCCUGUAAAGGAGACAAAGAAAAGAGACAUUUUGGAUAUUCCCAUAUCCGAGCCUAGGUCGUCUUUAUGGUGCCCGAAAAUUUAUUUCAAUUACCGUUGCUAUACGGGCCCUAUGAUCUCCAAGGGGAAAUUAGCCACCCUUCCGAAAGCGGUGGGUCCUGGUCCCGUAAUUUUAGUCAUGAGAGAAGUUCUGUCCAUGAUAGUCUCUGUCGGCUACAGAAGCUCUAGAAUUUUAAAAGUUCUUCAGUGCGACUCUAAACCCGAUCCUGGCUACCACUUGGAAGUACUUAAAGCAAAGCACAAGAAUAACACUUAUCGAGCUAGUGUUGCCGUAGUCACGUCUGGUGACAUGGUCGCCGACUUCUGUCGAAAUAUUUGUAAGAAAUUGAUGGUUUGCCCUAAUUUAUUCGGUCCUCUCUACGUUUCGGAGGAUGAAUGCCCGGACAGAUGUCACAAGACGUCGAAAUCGAAGAUCGCCGCAAGCGUGGGAAUAGGCAGGCGAGGGAAGCCAAAGGGCUACACGAGCAUCAUGGUACAAAAGCCGAAGCCAUGGGGAGGACGGCGUAAAAGGCGUCGAGGUCGGUGGGCGAGUCGCCAUAAAGUCCUUAGCGACGAAGCCGGGGAAAUCGAGGACGAAAUGUCAUUUAUGACUUUGGAUCUCGCGAAACAUGCUUCCAUGGUAAUGGAAGAAGCCUUCGACGAUAGGCCUCCUCUUUCUGAGAUCGACAUAAUGAUUCAAAAGGGCCUCGAAAAGUCCGACAAAUCUGACGACCUCAAGACGGAAGGACCUUCCAGCAACGCAUCCGAAGACUCUAGGAGUUCUUUCAAUGAUAGGAAAAGUAAAGACAGUACCGAGGGAAGUUCUGGCGGAGGAAACAUUAAGCCAAUUUCGAGGUGCAACCAGAAUGGUACCGGGCCUAGAGGCGUGAAGAGGGAACGAGAAUGGGACACCAGUAUAGAAUCAGACUGCUCCGAAGGAGAUGCCGAUUAUGUACUCAAGCACAAAAAACAAAGACGGCCGAAGACUCGAAAACUCGAUUCGAAUCCUCUUUUCUGGAGCGUCGAUGAUGUCUUUCGAUAUCUUAGAAAGACCACGGAUUGCAAGGAUAUUGCGUAUCGAGUUAAGCAAGAGGAGAUCGACGGACUUGCUUUUCUCCUGCUGAACCUGCCAUCGAUCACCCAACACAUGAAACUACGAACCAGUUCAGCUAUGAAAUUGUGUCGUCACGUAGAACAAGUCAAAGUGACGUUCUUCCUGCGACACAUCAACGAAGUCGAACCGGAACAGUAUCAAAUAUUAUAAGACUCCUUAACUGUGAAUGUGUAUCGUCGGAUCAUUGGCGAUUCUUGUGAAUGUUAUUUAUUGUACAAUUGUAUCAUGAUAGUCGCACUUUAAUUCAUAAAUCUAAUGACGAGAUUAUAUACUGUAUGCGGAUGCGUUUUAUAAGACAUCCACAGGCAUUUCCAUCGCAUAAUCUAAAUAUGCGUGAUCACAUAUUGAAACUGGAAUAAAAUGUUAUUCGUUUACGAGAUUUGCACAUUUUUCGUGAAUUUUGUUUAUUGAGAUUGAAUA